GGGCCUUAGGUUCAUCUUCCUCCUCCUUUCCAAAAGAGGCGUGAGCUGGCGUGGGGGAUCACGAAGAAAUCGCAACCUGCGCUGAAGAUAACGUGUCAGACGAACCCGAACAGGAAGCUGAGCCUUGGAGCAGAAGACGAAAUCACAGAAGAGGAAUUUGGGAGAGACAAGUGAGACGUUUUUGGGAGGAGUUGCAUUAAACAGUAAAGAAACGUGAAAGAAUUGGAGAAUCUAAGUUCGGUCAGGAAGGCAGAAAUGAGACACGGGACACCCCCAGUAGAGCGGCCUCCUACAGAUGGCCCUAGUCGAGAGGAGUUUAAUAGUCUCCUUCACCUGGUUGAGGGUUUAGUUGCUGCUGCUCCACCUAGAGAAGGACGACUAGAUCCUCGUGAUCCUCCCCAGAAUAACCAGUCUCCAACAGGAAUAGAUGCCAGCAGUAUCGAGAAGUUCAAGCGACUUAAUCCUCCUACCUUUGCAGGCGGGGCCGAUCAUAGUGUCGCUGAGAGCUGGAUUGAUGCAACAGAAAAAUAUUCAAGGUGUUGGGAGUGACCACCAAGCAGAAGGUGAUCUUAGCUACAUUUAUGUUAGAAGGAGAAGCAGUGAAUUGGUGGGAACUGAAGCAGACCUCUCUAGCUACUCCCAUCACGUGGGAACGCUUCCUAGAGGCGUUCAAUGCCAAGUAUUUUUUGAAUUACAUUCGUCACAAAAAAGAGGUACGUUCCGGUCCAAUGAAGGGAAGAAGGCUAAGAAGUUCCAGCGAGGACUUCGACAGGACAUACAUGACAAGGUAGCAAUAUUUGAUCUGUGCACCUACCGGGCUGUGUUAGGGAAGGGUCAAAUAGUUGAAGGGCUCAGCAACAACCCAACACCAUCGGCAGGAAGUUCUAGAGCAUCUGUGCCCUAUAAGAGACCGGUACCAGUACAUGGUCAGCAGGACAAGAGGCAGAAAAUGGUGCAGAAUGCUUUCCCCAGGGGUCCAGCAGCAGGACAGGCACAAACAUGCCCACAUUGUGGAAGGAACUGCGGUACUCGACCUUGCUAUUGCCUUAACAAUGCCUGUUACAAGUGUUUGAGUUCUCAACACUUGAUACAGGAUUACCCAUUGAUCAAAGGACAAACCAGGCCAGCAGCAUCAAGAAGAGUAUUUGAUAUCACUGCACAGGAUGCUGAGGCAACUCCAGAUGUGAUUCAGCAGCUAGAUACAGAUGACCUCUACAAGACGCAUUGGAUUUGGAGCCGGCCUCGGUAA